UUUGGAUGGUUGAACUGAAAGCACCGCCGGGACUUUUUGAGGUUGUUUUUAUCAAACGUUGUUAGUGGAUUUUACUCCUAUUAUUUCGAUAAAAUGUACAUAAAGUCUAUUGUACUGGAGGGCUUCAAGUCCUACGCCGAAAGGACAGAGAUUAACGGAUUUGAUCCGUUUUUUAACGCCAUCACUGGACUGAACGGCAGUGGAAAGUCAAAUAUACUCGACUCCAUCUGCUUUCUGCUGGGGAUUUCGAACCUUUCCCAGGUUCGUGCAACAAAUCUCCAAGAUCUGGUUUACAAAAAUGGCCUGGCUGGGAUCACCAAGGCAACAGUGUCCAUCACUUUUGACAACUCCAAUAAGAAACAGAGUCCACUUGGUUUUGAGACCCAUGAUGAGAUUACCAUCACACGACAGGUGGUCAUUGGUGGUCGCAACAAGUACCUCAUCAACGGUGUGAAUGCGAACAACCUGCGUGUCCAGGAUCUGUUUUGUUCAGUUGGCUUGAAUGUCAACAACCCUCACUUUCUCAUCAUGCAGGGGAGAAUCACUAAGGUUUUAAACAUGAAGCCUCCUGAGAUUUUGGCCAUGAUUGAGGAGGCAGCAGGUACAAGGAUGUACGAAUGUAAGAAGAUCAGUGCUCAGAAAACUAUUGAGAAGAAAGAUGCCAAGCUCAAAGAAAUUCAGACUAUCCUGGAUGAGGAGAUCACCCCUGCUAUGGAGAAACUGAAGGAGGAACGUGCAUCCUAUCUGGAGUACCAGAAGCUCAUGCGAGAGAUUGAACACCUGAGUCGGCUGUACGUGGCGUACCUGUUUGUGUGUGCUGAGGAAACCAAGCUGAAGUCUAAUGAAGAACUGCAAGAGAUGCAGAGCUCCAUCGCAAAGCUGCAGGAGAACAUGAAACAGAAUGAGGCCAAAGUGAAGGAGCUCAGUGCAGAGAUACAGGAGCUGGAGCGCAGGAGAGACAAGGAGGUUGGGGGGGUGUUGAGGACGCUGGAAGAGACCUUGUCUGAAGCACAGAGAGUGGACACCAAGGCCCAAAGCGCUCUGGAUCUGAAGAAGCAAAACCUGAAAGAUGAGACUAAGAAGAGGAAAGAGCUGGUCAAAAACAUGGAGGAGGAUAAGAAGGUGAUGUCCGCUAAGGAGGCUGAGGUUGCUAAAGCAGUAGAGCAUCUGAAGACAGUGCAGGAGGAGGGCCAGAAGGACGCAGAAGCUCUGGAAGCAGCACAGCAACAUUUCAAGGCAGUGUCAGCUGGUCUCUCCGCCAAUGAGGAUGGAGCUGAAGCCACACUUAGUGGUCAGAUGAUGACCUGCAAGAAUGACAUCAGUAAAGCUGAGACUGAGGCCAAACAGGCUCAGAUGAAACUGAAACACGCUCAACAGGAGCUGAAGACUAAGCAGACUCAGGUCAAGAAGAUGGACAGUGGCUACAAAAAAGACCAGGACACAUUUGAGGCUGUGAACAAAUGCAUAGAAAAGCUACAGGCUGAAAUGAAGAAACUCAACUACGAAGAUGGACAAGAGGAGAGUCUGUUGGAGCAGAAGAGGCAGUUUUCACAGGAAGUUAUUCAGCUCAGAGAAGCCUAUGAGUCCCUCAUGGGCCAAUUCCCCAACCUGCGCUUCGAAUACACGGAUCCUGAAAGGAACUGGGAGCGCAGUAAAGUGAAGGGUUUGGUGGCAAAUCUUUUCACGGUGACUGAUGUGUCGAACGCUACGGCUCUGGAGGUGGUAGCAGGCGGACGACUCUAUAAUGUUGUGGUCGACAAUGAGGUUACUGGAAAAAAGCUUCUGGAAAAGGGUGAACUGAGGCGCAGAUACACCAUCAUCCCGCUGAACAAAAUCUCAGCACGUACCCUCAAUGAUAACGUAGUGCGCACUGCCAAAAAAUUGGUUGGGCCAGAUAAUGUGCACACAGCUCUGUCUUUGGUAGGUUAUGAAUCAGAGUUGAAGAAGGCAAUGGAGUAUGUUUUUGGAACUACGCUGGUGUGUGACAGUUUGGACAAUGCUAAAAAAGUUGCCUUUGACAAAAGUGUGAGCACUAAAACAGUUACGCUCGGAGGAGACGUAUUCGAUCCUCAGGGAACAUUGACUGGAGGUGCUCGUGCUCAGACAGCCUCUGUCCUUUCCAAACUGGCUGAGGUGAAGGACAUUCAGGACAGUCUGAGGACUAAAGAGGCAGAACUCAGUGCAGUGGAGUCAGAGCUCAGCAGCCUCAAGGGAACAGCGGAGAAAUAUCGUCAGCUGAAACAGCAGCUGGACCUGAAGACUGAAGAGGCUCGGAUCCUGGAGACAAAGCUUCAACAGAGCUCCUUCCACAAACAACAGGAGGAGUUGGAGAACCUGCGCAAGACUAUCGAGGAGUGUGAGGAAACGCUGCAGAAGACUAAGGAGAUUCAGAAGAAGGCGGAGGAGAAAUACAAUGUUCUGGAGAACAAGAUGAAAAAUGCUGCAGCAGAAAGAGAGAAAGAACUGAAAGCGGCCCAGCAGAAACUCAAUCAAGCCAAGAGCAAAGCAGACGCCUUCAGCAAGAGACUGAAAGAGAAGCAGCAGGAAGCAGAUGCAGUAGCUCUGGAGUUGGAGGAGCUGAAGAGAGAACAAGCUGGAUAUGAGCAGCAGAUUCAGGCUGUAGAUGAAGCUCUCAAAGCCAUACAGCAGCAGAUCGAUACCAUGACCACAGAGGUUUCGGCCAAUAAGGAAGCAGUGCGUGUUGCGCAGGAGAACCUGUCCCAGCAGAAGGAGGUGAUUAUGGGACAGGAGAGAGAGAUUAAAGGAAAGAGCGGAGAAGCGAACCGUCUCCGAGAGCAAAACAAUGAUGCUCAACUCAAAAUCAAAGAGCUGGAACACAACAUCAACAAACAUAAGAAAGACAGCGCUGAUGCCACAGCAAAGGUGGCCCGAAUGUUGGCCGAGAAUGACUGGAUCUCUUCUGAGAAACAUCUCUUUGGUCAACCCAACACUGCUUACGACUUUAAGACCAACAAUCCCAAAGAGGCUGGACAGAGACUGAAGAGGCUUGAGGAGACUAAAGACAAGCUGGAGAGAAACGUCAACCGCAGGGCCAUGAACAUGCUCAGCGAGGCUGAGGAGAGGUACAACGAUUUGAAGAAGAAAAAGAGAAUCGUUGAGAAUGAUAAAGCCAAAAUCUUGGAAACGAUCGAAGAGUUGGACCAGAAGAAGAAUGAGGCCCUCAAUGUGGCCUGGCAGAAGGUGAAUAAGGAUUUCGGCUCCAUAUUUUCUACAUUGCUGCCCGGGGCAAAUGCUCGUUUGGCUCCACCUGAGGGAUGUGGUGUCCUGGAUGGGUUGGAGUUUAAAGUGGCUCUCGGGAACACCUGGAAAGAGAACCUGACAGAGCUCAGCGGGGGUCAGAGGUCUCUGGUGGCACUCUCUCUGAUUUUAGCUAUGUUGCUCUUCAAACCUGCUCCCAUUUAUAUCCUGGACGAAGUGGAUGCUGCUCUUGAUCUCUCACACACACAAAACAUUGGACAGAUGCUGAGGACACACUUCACACACUCACAGUUUGUGGUGGUGUCUCUGAAAGACGGAAUGUUCACCAAUGCAAACGUGCUCUUCAAGACCAAAUUUGUGGAUGGCAUCUCCACAGUCACUCGCACUGCUCAGACACACGAGGGGAAGGUUUUGGCUCAGCGCACACAGGAGAAAGCCAAGGACAAACGGCAGCGGCAGAUACUGGCCAGCUAAACCCUAUUGCACUGUGUAAAGCAGAUUCAUCAAGUUUUUAAUACUUUCAGUUGAGAAUAUGAAAUGGUGUAUUUAAAGGUGUUAGUAUUAAAAGCUUUUGGAGACAUUCGUUGCAUCUGAUGCAUGUGAAAUAGCUCUGUAAAUCACCUCAUUUCAUUAUUCUCGUAACACUUUUGUAUUCAUACAACUCUUCACGUUUUAACUGUCAUUAUGGAGUGUACUUUCUAUGCUACUUUUAAAUCUUGCUGUUUUGUACGAACUACGAAGUGUCUGUUUUUCUCCCUUUAUUUCAGUAUAUUUGUUUGUUCAAUGACUUUGUCUUUUCGAACUUUGCAAGCUAGUUUUCUAUAAAUAAAGCUUUCAGAAUUUAACCCAAAAA